AUGCUUCUCCUCGACUACCAGAACGUGCUCAUCGAGUCCCUGCUUCGAGACCGCGUGAACGGAGGAGCUGCAGCGAACAUUGACCAGGUCGUCUCCGACUUCGAUGGCGUCACAUUCCACAUCUCAACACCGGAGAGCAAGUCAAAGAUACUAGUGUCAUUGCGCAUCAAGUGCUACCAGGAAUUGGUGCAGUAUGGUGCCCAGUCAGUGCUCGAGCGCGAGUAUGGACCCUACAUUGUAGAGCCGGAGUCAGGAUACGACUUCUCGGUGCAGGUGAACUUGGAGGACCUUCCAGAGGAUCAGGGUAUGGGUGCUAACGCUCCAGCAGAGGGCAAAGAUGACCUUGUCCGACGCGUGUCCCUCCUCAAGCGCAAUGCCAUGGCCGCACCCUUCGAGCAGGCCUUUGACGAAUUCCACCAGUUGCAGGAGGAAGCCUCCAAGUAUACUUCAGAGGCCGCGCCGCAGGGUAUUGCCGAGGGCGGAGAGACACGGGCAAUCCACUACCGAGAGGAGGAAGCGAUAUACGUAAAGGCCAGCCACGACCGAGUGACAGUCAUCUUUUCAACCGUUUUCCGAGAAGAGACUGACAGGAUAUUUGGCAAGGUCUUCUUGCAGGAGUUCGUCGAUGCCAGGCGGAGAGCUAUUCAGAACGCACCACAAGUGCUGUUCAGGAAUGAGCCACCACUUGAACUGCAGGGAUUCCCGGGCAUCAGUAACUCGACCUCUGGAGAGAUUGGCUACAUCACUUUUGUCCUCUUCCCUCGCCAUCUGACAAAGCAGAGACGCGACGAAGUCAUCUCGCACAUUCAGACCUUCCGUGACUACUUCCAUUACCACAUCAAAGCGUCCAAGGCUUUUAUCCACUCUAGGAUGCGCAAGCGGACGGCCGACUUCCUCCAAGGUAUGUGCCGAUAUGUGCUAAUAAGCUGA